ACUCCUCCUCCCUCCCUCCUCAGCAUCAAGUGCAGGGUGAGAGGAGCGUCCCGGCUGGGACUUUCUCCGCCUCAGACUCCAUGAAGGAGCGAUGAGGAGCAGACAGCCUCCGAGCCGCUAACAAAACAUCGGGACUUCUGUGAUGCUUUAACCAGCCACGCGUCUUCCUCAAGGAUCCUCUUUGCGUUUUUUUGGGGGGGGGAGAGCAAAGAAAACAUUGCGGGUUUGGAGUAAUCCAUCAAUCGGAUGCAGCAGAGUCAGAUCCAGAUUAAAGAUGGGCCCCAUACCGCUGCGCGUACUGCUCUUGAUGAUGGUGCUGGCUGUGGUGGCUGCAGCUGAGCCGGUGAGCACGGCUGAUGACCAGUACACCUGGCCACAGUGGAAGGUGCCUCAGGUGAAGAACAGGCACACCGUGCCUCUCAGCAGCCCCAGCUUCUCUGCACACCAUCAGCCGGAGCUGGGCGGGACCUGUGGGAUCGAGUGUCAGCGCCGGAUCCCGUUGCCCUCCCUUGACGACCUGGAGAAGAUUCUGUCCUACGAGACGGUCUAUGAAAACGGGACGCGCACCUACACAGUGGUUUCAGUGCAGGGCAUCAAUGAGGAGCCCAUUUGGUCCACAAACGUCUCAUCCAGGUCUCGCCACAAACGGGAGGUGUAUGGCACAGACACCCGCUUCACCAUAGCUGACAAACAGUUCUCCACUAAGUAUCCUUUUUCCACAUCCGUGAAGAUCUCCACGGGUUGCUCCGGAGUUCUGGUGUCUCCCAAACAUGUGCUGACUGCUGCACACUGCAUCCAUGAUGGGAAGGACUAUCUCGAUGGGGUGCAGAAGCUGCGGGUUGGUGUUCUGAGGGAGAAGUCCAAACGAGGUAAAGGAGGCAAGGGAAGAGGAGGCAGAGCGAAGGGGAGAAAAAGGAAAGGGGACAAAGCCAAAGAGGGCGUUGAAAAAAAUGAGGAGACUCAAGGAACAGGAGAGCGCAGAGGAAGAGGGGCUGGGAGGAAGAGCCGGAGUCGUCGCAGUGUGGAACCAAACAAGCCUUCAUUUCGAUGGAGCAGGGUGAAAAAGACCCAGGUUCCUAAGGGCUGGUUCAAAGGUGUGUCUGAUGGACUGGCUGCAGACUUUGACUAUGCGGUACUGGAGCUGAAGAAAGCCCCCAAAAUGAGGCACAUGGAUCUCGGUGUCAUUCCAUCAGUCAAGAAGCUCCCUGCUGGGAGGAUCCACUUCUCCGGCUUUGAUGAUGACCGACCCGGAAACCUGGUGUACCGGUUCUGCUCCGUGUCCGAGGAAUCCAAGGACUUGCUGUAUCAGUACUGCGACGCCAAACCCGGCUCCAGCGGCUCUGGAAUCUACAUACGCCUCAAAGAGCCGGGCAAGAGGAGGUGGAAACGGAAGGUCAUUGGGGUGUUCUCAGGUCACCAGUGGGUAGAUGUUGAUGGAGAUGGGGUGCAGCAGGAUUACAAUGUGGCAGUGAGAAUAACACCUCUAAAAUACGCUCAGAUUUGCUAUUGGAUCCACGGGGACUCAAAAGAGUGUCAGGUGGCUUGAGACAACACAGCCCCAACCAUGUGAUCAGGAUCCCUCUGGCUCCCUGAUGAGCAUGAGCGCACACAGUGAGGCAGACUCAGCAUCGACAACAGCCGGACCUCUUCAGUUCAUCAAGAGAACCGGGGCUCUUCAGUUUCUCUAAUUUAUUUGCUCACAGAAAGAACAUUUGAUGAAGAAACGUAUUCAGGCUUUUAGAUCUUUUUUUAUUUUACUCUUUUUUUUGUUAGGUAAAUGAAUUGACUGAAACUGCAUUAUCUCCAUUCUGCAUGACAAGACAGACAUGCAUGUUGUAGAGAAAUGGCACAAACUUGUUAUUGACCAAAACAUCCAGGUGAACAUCUCAGUUUAAUGGGCUAAAAACAAAGGAAUUCUUGGUUAAAUUUCAUAUUGAACAUUGUGUCUUUUUUAAGAGUUUUACUUUUAUGUGAUUUGUGAGUCUUUUCCUGUUCUCUUUGUUUUUGCAACACGGUGAAAUAUGGUUUCAUUGUUGUGCACAUAUGGGGGCUAAUCCAGGAGAAUUGGUGCUAAUUUAUGAGACUGUAAGCUUUUCGCUGUCUUUUUUAUUUCUGAAAAUAUUUUGACGGCCUAGUACUGUAACUGUGCAUGUGAGGUGAGGCUAAAAAAAAGGGACAUUCAACUCAUUACUUGAGCUGUUUAUAUUUCUCUGUUAAAUUAAAAUUAAAAAGCAGCAUUUUUAUUAUAUUGCAAGUUUUAAAUUGUAAAAUCUUUAACUUUUCUUUCUCUUUUUUAUUCCAAAAUCCUUUUAAGUACUAAAAACAACAAAGUAUUAACCACAAUAUUUAAAGUCUAUGUUUAUGUGUGAGUAUGAUGAUCCAGCAAUUCACGGGGCAACUGCUAAAUGGUUGAUGUAUGCUCCCGCAAGUCAAAGAUUUCAAGCUGAACAAAAAACAAGAAAAUGUUUCUGCUUUACAAGCAAAAAUAAAAAAGAAAUGUUUAACAAGA